CCCAUCUUCAAGAUGCAUCUCCGAAGUUCUUCAGUUAGUUAGUGACUUGCCGCCAUGAGGGGUGUUAGUGUUUUGUUUUUCAUAGGUAUCUGUGUGGGAUGGGCCCAAGCCCAAUUCCUCAACAACAGGCCUUUCCCCACCUACAGUCUGGAAAACAUGCCAGAUACAGAAUUUUCCUGUAGAGAUAAAAUCUUGGGAGGCUACUAUGCUGACGUGGACACCCAGUGCCAGAUGUUCCACAUCUGCGUCAAAGUCGCCGGAGUAGGGAUUCAAGAUUUCAGGUUUCUGUGUCCUAACGCCACAGCUUUUGACCAGGAUCAUCAAAUCUGUGCUGAAUGGGAAGACGUUGACUGUGACGCGUCCACCCUGUAUUAUUCCAGCGAUAACUUUGACUUAUACCGCAUUGGUUCAGGUUUUGAAUCGAAAGCAGUGAAAUAUGGAGAAGAUGAAGAAACCUUUGCCCUACAACGCGCUGAAACAGGUGAUGCAAGACUAAACAGAGACCAUCAGAAUACCAGCGUAAACCAGAAGAAAGAUGUCAAAGACAACUACAACAGACCCAACCAACAGAGACAGAACAAUAAUUAUAACCAAAACAACGACCGAGACAUCUUCAAAGGUUCCAGCAGCUCAAACUUUUUCAACAAUAGGAACAAUGGUAAAGAAAAAGACGAAGACUACGACGAUAACGUCAACAUUAACCAGGACAGGGACUACGAACAGAAGAAGAAGAAGGUCAAUCGGGUGACACAACGUAGACCUGUACAAAACAGACAACAAAAUAAUGAUUUCGAUAGGAAUAACCAAGAUUCCAAUAACCAAAAGAACGACGAAUACGAUGUUCAGACUAGAAAACCAAGACCUACUGCUUUCAUAAACAACUUCGCAGGUAGCAGUUACAUUCCAACAACUUCCAAGCCUUCAACAACUGAGCAGAACCCCACUACCAUCAACAGGGGCCGACAAGGCCAAAGACAAAGGCAGCAGCAACAACAGCAGCAGUAUAACGAUGCUGAUAACUUCAGAACAACCAAGAACUCGCCUACUCCAAAUGCAUCACCAAGUACCACUACUCCAUUUAGACAGACGCAGCAAUACAACACUGAGAAAUUCAGACAAACCAAUUCCAAUUCGCCCACUCCUAACUACUCUACAAGCACCUCCGUACCUUUCAGACAAACUCAGCAAUACAACACGCCCCCAAGACAAUCUACAUCAAACAACGGACAACAACAACAAUACACAACACAAAAUCCUACCAGGGAAACUGAGAACUAUCCUCAACAAAGACGAAAAGAAACAACUGUCUACAAUGACCAAUACGACAUACCCAAAGUAAAACAAACCAAGAAAGAAAACUACCCUACAACACUUCCUCAAAGCUACAGCACCCAGUACGACAUCCCCAAAACGAAACAAACCGAAAACUAUCCCUCCAAAGCAACAACUUUCAGCAAAACCGAGAACUACCCCAGUAACAACCCUCAGUACACCGACAAGAAACCUACCACUCCUUUGAGACAAACCCAGACCAGCCCUACCACUUUCGCUCCAAAACCAUUCAGUGUCUCCAACGAUCCAUCCACCAAUCUCCCGACUACCUUCGCCCCAAGGACGAGCGCCGCUUUUACUCAAAUCGUGCAGCAGACUCAGACUUACAACAGCAGGCAGCCUACAAGUACUCAAUCGAAGACGUCGACGACUCAAUACAGCAAUCCUACCACUUUCAAUGAGCAAUACAGCAGUCAAACUAAGAGCAGUACUCCAAAAUCAACUGUUUAUACCCAAUACACUCCGACUGUACCGAAGAUCAGCUCCACAACACCAGUUAGUAGAUCAAGUCGUUUCGACGAGACCCAAUACGAUGACAGCGCUUACGGCGACAAAAGAGAGGACGAAUUCCUGAAGACGGCGCACAGCCAAAACAUCGCAGCUAGCAGAAACGAACUCGCCAGAACCACUAAACAACAAGAAUCUACUCAAAAACCCCUAUACGAUUCCCCUAGACCAUUUUCAGUCAGCCCCAACACUCCCAAGGUGACCAACACUCCGAAAGUAACAGACCUUCCAACGUCAACAGUCAGUCGCAGCACCAAAACCACUCAGCAAGCCGCUGAUACCAGCAGGCCGUCUUCGCCGUCAUCUCCAUCUUCUUCAGUCACUCCUAAAUCCACAAAAACAAAAGACGUAAGCUAUGACUACGCAUACUACGAUUCCAAUCCCAACAGUGAGCAAGAAUAUGACAUCGACACCGACAUUAAGAAGUCUACUGUGAAAAAUUAGAAUAGUUUUAUUAUUAAAUUAAGUUAUUUGUUACGAGUCUGUUACAUUGUUUUUGUCGUUAAUGUCCAAACGAGACCAGUAUUUGGAGAUAUGAAAAGUACCCGCCAAUUAUAAUUUAAGUUUGUACAUAUUUUAUUGUGUUAAGUGUAAUAAAUCGUACUUUUACUACUAA